GCCCCAUCCACUCCUAAUCCAACCCACCAACCAAUCUGCCAAUUUCUUUUCCUGCGCGUUCCCGAUCUUCGUCCCCAAUUCAACUCUUCCCACUGUCCUACCGCAGCAAUAUCUGCGUCAACGCCAACGAACUCACACGGUGACCACCAAGCACGAUCGCAGACCCCUCACCACCGCGCGGUCGCCGCGGGCGUCGUCGUCAACGGAAACUCGAGCGCGCUGAACACCCCGCGCACGGGUCCGACGACUACCCCGGCCACCCCGGUGACCAUGCCGACCAACGAGAUCGCUCCCCCCGGAUCUCUCCGCUCGCCUCCCGAGGCUAUCUACGCGACCUUCGACGAGCUGAUCGGAUCAAUUCAGCGUCUUGCUAAGGACCAAGGCUACGGGAUUGUGAAGCUCCGCGCUAGCAAUUACCGCGAUCACAAGCCGACGCGUUACGACCUAGUGUGCGAUCGAGGCGGCGUGAAGUACAACAGCACUGCGAAGAAGCGUAACCCAAGCACCAGAAAGGUGGAUUGCCCCUGGCGCGCUAAGGCUGUCUGUGAGGUUCAGUUGCAAAACCAGUGGCGUUUCCAGGUGCAGUGCGACCAUCAUAACCACGAACCUCGACUCCAGAGCGGCAAUCCCGGGCAAGAGAAUACCCCUACCGCGCAGAGCAUCCGAAGCUUCACCAACAAGCUGGAUCGGAUGAAUCACGAACUCUUGCAGGCUAUGGAGCGUCUCGAGCAGCACAUGGACCGCAUCGAGAAGAAGGUCGACGGCAUGGAUGCGCACCUCCACACUGUGGACAAUCGCUUGGCCAACCUCGAAUCUCGCGGGACCGGCUUGGACGUCCCGAUGGAUAACAUGGAGAUGGGCGGUCCCAUGAUGGAUGGACCCCUCGAUCGCAUGUAAUCCUCGCGAACUCGACGAGGAUGGGACGGAAACCGAUGCCAGGGCUGAUGCCAGAGUGAUUACUUCAGCCCGACGGGUGACGAUCGGUUUCGUGAUGGGAGGGGAGAAAGAUACAGACGCUUUUUUCUAUUAGGUUAGGCAUUGGCGUUUAUAGGAAAGGGCUUAAUUUGCGAAUGACCUGCAUUGCGAUGCGAUGUAUUGUUUUGGUGGCACUUUUGACUGUGACGGCGAGGAAAAAGUAGUUCCUGGUUUCUACGUUCUGGCUAUCCAUUCUGGCGUUGGCAAGUGAGCAGUAAAUUACUAAUUCCUUUAAGGCGGCUCGAGGCUUUCGGUAAAUGCGAAAUACGGCGAGGGGAAACUUGACUUCAUCACAUUUACCACAACCACAACCACCCCCCUUUCGCGUCUAGAGGCGUCUGGUAUUCAACGGUGUUUUUUUUCUUUCGACUCGACACACUCGGUCCGCAUCAGAUUUUCAAUUUGCAUUUUUUGUUUCGGUCGAUUUCGUCAGAAGCUAUCCGUCUAUUUAAUAUAAAAUGAGACGAUGGAAGUCAGGGUCAAUACUGCUUAUUAUCAGACGUCGUAGUUCACCUAACCUCGCCGUCUUCGGGAGGUUGUGAUACUACCUAGAUACCACAACAACGCUUUCUACAAGAGCCAUAACAAAAUGUAUAUGUUCUAUUCAAGAUAUCACGUUUCC